AUGGCAACUGCAGCGAUAAAUUCCAAACAAUGUUUUAUAUGUAAAAAAGAGAAAUCCAACUUAUACUCAUGCGACGGUUGCUCAGAAAAAUUUUGUUCGCAAGAUUUACCAAAACAUCAUCAAGAACAUGUAUUAGAACUAGAAAAAAUUGUCACUGAUUGUGAUACAUUUCAACAAAAUAUUAGUGAGCAACAGCAAGAUCUCAAUCAUCGUCCAUUAAUACAACAAGUGAAUGAAUGGGAACGCGAUUCAAUCAUGAAAAUUAAGCACACAGCAGAAGACUGCCGACAAAGAUUAAUUAAAUCGACAGAUGAUAAUAUUAUUGAAAUGAAAAAGAAAUUAAAUCAAUUCAUUGCUGACUUGAGAAAAUUGCGAGAUGAUGAUGAUUUCAAUGAGAUUCAUCUAAACAAAUCGAGACUGUUGUUAGAAGAAAUGAAGAAAAAGCUUGAGCAACCACUGAAUGUUUCCAUUUUGGAAGAACCUACAUCGUUUAUAAACAAAAUAUCAAUCAUAACCAAAGCUUCAAUUUCAGGUUAGUUUGACAAUUAAAUCUGAUUUGAGAAAAGAGCCUACGAAUGGCAGAUGAUAGUAAAGUUAGCACGAUGCUCGAAUAUUUUCAACCCCGAUUUGACCUGUGAUCUGUGUGAUGGACGUUCCACAGGUUACGUGAGACAGAAGACUUCAUCCUCUAUUCAAUGGUAACAAUUUCGAUUGGGUUCAUCGAGCAAAAAUAUGGGCUCGAUGCAUAUCUGGAUAUGAUAAUCAGUGAGGGUUUGUGGUGACAAUAGAUACGAUGCAAUACUUUUUGGGAACGUUGCUUCUUCAUUCAUCACAGGAAAAACGCUCACCAAUCGGUGGUUGUGUGCAUGUGAACUUUCAUUUAACACCCACGCCAUCUGAUAUAGAAAUAUGAAGAGGUAUUUUUUAUUUAUAAACUGAUAGCGGUCUAUGUAUUGUGAACGGGUUAGGAAAUUGAUUAAUAACAGUUGAAGUAAUACAUGAUGAGAGAAAAAAGAUCGAAGCUAUAUUGAGAAGAUAGAGGACUUAGAAAAUAUCUUAAAUUGGAGAAAAGCAGAGAAACUGCNAUAUAUCUCUCUUUCCUUCCUUCCUUCCCUUCCCUUUCUUAUAUAUCUAUAUAUGAGAGCUAACAUUGUCGUUUGGUAUUUUUUUGUUUCCCUCAUCAUUGAUGAUGUCCCGAAUUUCAGACCAGAGUUCUUCUGGCUCUCUCUCAAUCAAAUAUAGCCCGUCAUAUCUGUUCUUAACCUCCACCGCAUAUUUACACGGAAUGUUGCUAAGAUUAUACCGUGCUGGUCUAACUGUUUUGCUUGUUGUCUUUAGUUUCAUUUGAAACUUAGCAAUAAGCAGUUCAUGAUCUGAGCCGCAGUCAGCGUCAGGUCUUGUUUUAGCUAGUUGGAUGGAGCUUCUCCAUCUUUGACUACAAAGUAUGUAAUCGAUUUGAUUUUUGUAUUGUCCGUUCGGAGACGUUCACGUGUAGAGUCGUCUUUUAGGCUGUUGAAAGCACGUAUUUGUUAUAAACAAGGAGUUGUCCUGACAGAAUUCCAAUAGCCUAUCUCCUGCUUCAUUUCGGUCUCCUAGUCCAAAUUUCCAGUUAUACCAGUUAUUAGUUUACUUCCUACUUUUGCGUUUCAAUCGCCCAUGAUGACAAUGGUAUCUUUUCUUGGUGUUGCAUCAACGAGUUGCUGCAAGCUGACAUAAAAGUCUUCUAUUUCUUCGUCGUCUGCGCCCGUAGUAGGUGCAUAGACUUGAAUCCCUGUGACAUUAAUCGGUUUUGUCUAAUAAUUGAAUUGAUAUUAUCCUGUCAUUUUUGGGGUUGUAUCCAAGUACUGAGUUAGGCAGCCUUUUAUGAACGAUUAUGGCUACAUCGUUUCUUCUGUGAAUCUUCUGUCCACAAUAGAAUAUGUGGUAUUCAUCUGAUAUGAAAUGACCCAUCCCUGUCCAUUUCAAUUCACUAAUUCCAAGAAUGUCGAUGCUUAUUCUUGACAUUUCUCCUUUGACAACGUCAAGUUUACCUAGGUUCAUCGUUCUGACGUUCCAAGUUCCGAUUGUAUGUGGCUUUUUAGAGCAUCGAACUUCCCUUUUGACACUAGAUGCGUCAGUAGCUGGGCGUCUUUUCGGGUUUGUUCCAGCCACGUCAUAAAUAAUUCUAGCCCUACUCGUACUUGUUCUUUGCUCUUCUCCAGUAGCUGGUCGAGUACUUUCCGACCUGAGGGUCUCAUAUUCCAGUACUAUGUUGAGAUUAUCCUGGUUGUAAUUGUCCAUUUGGUUUUCCUGGCAUGAUACUGGAGUGGGUUGCCAUUUCCUUCUCCAGUGGAUCGUAUUUAGUCUGAUCUCUCGGCUGUGCCCUGUCCGUCAUGGGUGACCCUGCCGGGAGUGAGCACUCCCCACGGUUUAGUUCACAACGCCAUCGAGAUACGCAAGCCCCUUCACCACGACAAGGUAACGAUCCGCGAAGGAGAAAACACAUCAUAUACCUUUCGAAAUUAGCAAUCACUUACAAAUAAAAUGGAGUAGUUUGAUCAAUUAAUGUACUUUAGAUAGUUAACGGUGUAAGGUUUUAUAUCACCGAUAAGUUAUUCUGUAUUUAAAAUUAUGUAAGUUUAUAUUUAUGAAUAAGCAACGCGAAACUCCCACGUUGAAUCUCCAAUGAAAAAUUAAGUUAGAUGUAAAUGGUCGACAUUUUUAUUUCAUUCUGUCGUUUAUAUAUACGUUCGCGAGUAACUAUAUGUAUUUAAUACUUGUAAGUAGCGAUUCUUUCUGAUUAGACAACAUUACCACUGUGAAAAAUCAAAAUUUUCACAAAAAAAGUUUUUCUCCAGAAAACCAGGUUUCAGAAAAACCCGAGUUUCUCUAUCAAAAUUUGUUACAAAUCCCAUAAACUAUAGUUCAUUUGAUAGAGGAAAAUUUUCUCUAUCAGAUGCAAUAAUAAUAAAAAUCGAAAAUUUUGACCAAAUCGACUUUUUAGGGU